CCUCUGACAGCCGCCCAUGGAUCACAAACACGGAAGCAGCAUGGCGUCCAACAGCAGCGGCGGCGGCUCCGACAGGCAACGGGUUGCCCAGCAAAGACUGAGCAUAAUUGCCGGGCACUUACAGAGACCAGUGGACGUUGACUCGACCAUCCUUGCCGCGGAGUGCAAAGCCCAGGGCUCCGAGACACACGUCGAGGAGAAGACUGUGCCGAAGAGGAGGCAGGAGAUUAUGAAAUGGAAUGGCUGGGGAUACAGCGACACCAAAUUCCUCUUCAAUAAGAAAGGUCAAGCAGAAUUUACCGGCAAAAGGUAUAAACUGAGUGGUAUGAUCAUCCCUGCUCUGAAAGAAUGGAUGGAAGGCACGUUUGGAACCAAUAUGCAGCAUAAAUCUCCAGCAACGCCCAUUCUGACUAGCGGUGCUGUGCAGCCUCCCACUCUUAACGAGGCCUUUGUGGAGGAACUGACAUCCACAGGAAUUCCCUUCUCUCUUGACGCAGAAGACCGGGUGUUUCGCGCCCACGGCCAUUGCUUACACGAGAUCUUUGCUCUGCGAGAGGGGAAAGUUGGUCGUGUCCCAGAUCUGGUGGUAUGGCCGAACUGCCACAAUGAUGUCGUGAAAAUUGUGGAACUGGCGUGCAAACACGAUGUUUGUUUGAUACCAUAUGGAGGGGGGACUAGUGUCUCCAGUGGCCUAGAGUGCCCCCCAGAGGAAACUCGCUCCAUUGUCUCUCUGGAUACUUCACAGAUGAACCGCAUCCUGUGGAUUGACGAGAAAAAUUUAACUGCCCAUAUGGAAGCUGGCAUCGUCGGUCAGGAUUUGGAGAGAUUGCUGAAUGAGAGCGGCUACUGUACAGGACAUGAGCCGGACUCCAUGGAGUUCAGCUCCCUGGGGGGCUGGGUAGCAACCAGAGCAUCAGGCAUGAAGAAGAACAUCUACGGCAACAUUGAGGACCUGGUCGUCCACGUAAGGAUGGUGACCCCCCAAGGAGUGAUUGAAAAGAGCUGUCAGGGCCCACGUAUGUCCAUAGGGCCAGACAUUCACCACUUCAUCUUGGGCUCAGAAGGAACCCUGGGCGUGGUUACGGAGGUAACGAUGAAGAUUCGUCCCGUGCCGGAGUAUCAGAAAUACGGCUCGGUGGUAUUCCCUAAUUUUGAGCAGGGAGUUGCCUGUCUCCGAGAGGUCGCCAAACAGAGGUGUGCCCCAGCAUCUAUACGACUCAUGGAUAAUGAACAAUUUAAAUUUGGUCAUGCCCUGAAGCCUCAAGUAUCUUCAAUGUUCACAUCCUUUCUGGACGGGUUGAAGACAUUUUACAUCACCAAGUUCAAAGGGUUCGACCCCAACUGCUUGUGCGUGGCCACCCUCCUGUUUGAGGGAGGCCGUGAGAAGGUCCUGCAGCAUGAGAAGCAAGUUUAUGACAUCGCUGCAAAAUUUGGGGGGCUGGCAGCCGGAGAGGACAAUGGGCAGAGGGGCUACAUGUUGACCUUCGUCAUCGCUUACCUCCGGGACUUGGGGAUGGACUACUAUGUGAUCGGGGAGUCCUUUGAAACCUCUGUGCCUUGGGACAGGGUGUUAGACAUCUGCCGGAACGUAAAGGCACGGAUCACUCAAGAGUGUAAAGACAAAGGAGUGCAGUUUGCACCGUUGUCCACAUGCAGGGUGACUCAGACAUACGACGCCGGUGCCUGCGUCUACUUUUACUUUGCCUUCAACUACAGAGGACUCAGUGAUCCAGUACACGUGUAUGAAGAAGUGGAGCAUGCAGCUAGAGAAGAGAUUCUUGCCAAUGGAGGGAGCUUGUCACAUCACCAUGGAGUGGGGAAACUUCGGAAGGAGUGGAUGAGAGAGGCCGUGUCCAAUGUCGGCAUGGGGAUGCUGAAGUCUGUCAAGGACUACGUUGACCCCAAUAACAUCUUCGGCAACAGGAACCUCCUCUAAUUUCCCGCUCACCUUUUUCUAAGGAAAAAAAAAAAAAAAAAAAAAGCAACUUGUGCAUUUUGGAUUAAUAGAUACUAAAUGUGAAUUUAAAAUGGAUUUCAUCAGUCAUUUGUGCCAUUUAUUCAUUCACCUAAACCUUAUCUUUUACAUUAUAUUGCACUUAAUACGCUGUAACAAUCAUUGUCACUCACUGUGCAGCUCAUUUUUCACAGCCUCAGCUUGUUGGAGCUACGGCCAUGAUGCAACCAGACGUGAUGCAACAAAACCUUGAUUUUUGUCAUAUUUUCUUAUAUAUAACCAUUUCCUAAAUAUCCUUGCCAACAUGGUUAAUUCGUCUGUUUGUUUGUUUGUCUUACUUUCCACUUGUGUGUGUGUGUGCGCGUUUGGGGCACUUCUCCAGUGGUAAGUUGUAGAUGAAUGUGCUUUAUAAAGCUCUGUGCCUUUCUAAAGCUUCUGUCUGCCUUCCCUUUCUCCUACUAAACACUCUGCUGGUGUACAGUGAGUCCCUUUGUGGAGCAACAUUAACUUGGACAUGAUGUUUUCUAUGUCUUCAUCUUUUUCUUGCCCUCAUGCCUUUGUUUUACUGACCUAUUGCCAUAAGAGACUUUUUCUCGACACGCGUGCGUGCGUGUGUGUGUGUGUCUGCCUAGAUUAAAGCCUCACCCCCCCCCCCCUAGAAGUACAGUAUGAUUACAAAGAGAGAUAUUCCUUCUGUGUUUAGUAUUUUUGUGCUCAAAGUGUUUACCUUGCAUGGUUAGUUACUGGGAAAGUGAAGUGGGGGGGGGGGAGCCAUCGCGUUUUUGUAUCACGGCAGCUUCAAUGUCACCAAGUUUGUAGUUUCGAGGCCUCUGGAUCCCGGUGCUCAUGUUGUACCAAAGACUCAACACAUAACAUGCAAACACACCGUAAACAUAUGUUUGACUAUGUGACCCUCGCACAUAUUUAGUAACUUCAUGCACAGCUAAAAUAUAUUUUUUAAUCAGCAUUAUGCAAAGAUGACCCUUCUGAGAGCUGUAAAAUGUAGAUAUGCGUCUGUUGCACAUGCUAAAACCUUCUACAUAAUGUGUCUUGUGUUCAAGACGCUGUAUUUAAUUAUUUCUUUUCCAUGGAUUUGCUCAGAAAUUCCUCCUAAAAUAGUUGCCCUUGUUCUGUACGGUGUAAUAGAUUUUUGGAACGGAUCCUGUAAUGUACAAUUUGAUACCAGGCUUGAACCAUUUGUUACUGAUAACCAUUGAUUUUGAAGGAAUCUCGCCUUUUUUUUCUCUUUCUGAUCUGUGCUUCACAUUUUCCUGAACCACCUUGUCCUAUUUAACUCAUAUUCCCCCAAAUAAAAGGACUCAUUAGGGACCCGUCGUGUGACAUUUUAUCUCCGUGUCAAACAACGUGUGAGAGCUUUUGAGCGUUAUGGAUGUACCUUUUGUUAUUUUUCACUUCUCUUAACAACGUCGUAACAUCAGAGUACAUUUUGUCAAUGCUGUUUGUGCAAUAAAUUGAACUAAAACAUCUCA